UUUAGUUAUUCUGGUACACCUUCAAUUGGCUCCAGUAGUAGAAGAAGAAUCGCACCACUAUGAUUUUAGCUUGCCGGUUGGAAAAUAGAAAUUAGGGGAAUGGGUGAUACACAACCGCAGGGGGACAUUUUGAAAAUGUCCCACAGAGAGAACUGGAAAGUGCAGCAUGAGCGGCUGCACGUGAAGCACCGAGGCCAUGAGGCCAUGCACGCCGAGAUGGUGCUCAUCCUCAUCGCCACGCUGGUGGUGGCCCAGAUCCUCCUGGUGCAGUGGAAGCAGAGGCACAGCCGCUCCUACAACCUGGUGACCCUGCUGCAGAUGUGGGUGGUGCCUCUCUACUUCACCAUCAAGCUGUACUGGUGGCGCUUCCUCUCCACCUGGGGCAUGUUCUCCGUCAUCACCAGCUACAUCAUCUUCAGGGCCACACGGAAGCCCCUGUCUGGCAGGACGCCCAGAAUGGUGUACAAGUGGUUCCUGCUGAUCUACAAGCUGAGCUAUGCAGUGGGAGUGUUGGGCUAUCUGGCCAUCAUGUUUACCAUGUUUGGCUUCAACGUCCUCUUCAGGAUUAAAGCAGAGGACUCGAUGGAUGUGGGCGUCAUCAUGCUCUUCUAUGGGCUAUACUACGGCGUCAUGGGACGGGACUUUGCUGAGAUCUGCUCUGACUACAUGGCCUCAACCAUAGGGUACUACAGUGUUGGGGGCAUGCCCACGCGCAGCCUCUGCGACGACAUCUGUGCGGUGUGCGGUCAGAAGAUCCUGGUGGACGUGGAUGAAGAAGGCAUUAUUGAGGACACGUAUCAGCUCUCCUGUAACCACAUUUUCCAUGAGUUUUGCAUUCGUGGAUGGUGCAUUGUGGGAAAGAAGCAGACCUGUCCCUACUGCAACGAGAAGGUGGAUCUGAAGAGAAUGAUGAAAAAUCCUUGGGAGAAAACACACGUGUUGUACGGCCAGCUUCUGGAUUGGCUGAGGUACCUCGUUGCUUGGCAACCCAUCAUAAUUGGCAUCGUUCACGGAAUUAACUUCACCUUGGGCCUCGAAUAGAGAAAAUGGCAAAAAGAACAGAACUAUGAACCAUUUUUAAGCGACUUGCACGGUUUUGUCUGUUAGUAUUUAUAAGAUGUAAAUUCUGUACUUUACCAUGUAUAGAUGCAGAUGCUUUUGUAUCAUAUUAUUUAUUUAAUACUGUAUCAAGUGCUUCACACAGCCAGCUCAGCCAAUGACUUACAUUGUAAAGCGUGGGAUUUCAACACAUUGAAAUGUCUAAAAAACUUGCUGAUGCCAUUAUUUGUUAGAUUGUUUGUUGUUUUUAAGGCCUAUGUGACCUGUUUUUCAUUUCUGCGUUGUGGUUCAGUCAUCUACUCAGCUGUUUAUUCCAUGAUGCAUAUGAUUAAUCGGAGACCAUGGGCUUGAUUUAAUAUUUACUUACUGUGGGAUGUAAUGACCCCUUCCUGUUUACUGUUAAGGGUAUACUGUAAGCUACGGUGCCAUAAAACCUUUUCAUGAGGACUUGACAAAUGCAAGAGAAUCAGUAGAGGUAAGAAAUUAAUAUUUCACUCUGGUGAUCUCUUGUGUAAGUGAGAGUAUUGUUUUUGUAAGUCUGGGUGUGGGAACCUCGUUUUCUUUGGUGGGGGGGGUUAAGCACAUUUUUAUCCCAUCCAUCCAUAUCUGUGUUUUGGUUAGUUUGUGGUCAGCUGAUUGUUGACAGGAUAAUGUUCUGAAAUCCUUCACUGACAAUGAGAUAAAUUUUAAAAGAAAAUCCGAAUUCUCAUGUGUUUUGUGUGCAUUUCUAGAAAUGUAUGUGCAAUAUAUGAACAUGUUUGUGUUCGUUCAGUGA